AACCGUUAUCGAUCCUCCUAUUUUCUUUCUCGUUUCAUUUCGCCCCUUUUCCGGUAUCCGAGUCAACAUGAGUCGUGUCCGAACGAAGACGGUCAAAAAGGCCGCGAAGCUCAUUAUCGAGAAGUACUAUCCACGUCUCACUUUGGAUUUUCACACGAAUAAGAGGAUAUGCGAGGAAAUCGCUAUUAUCCCUAGCAAAUCCUUGCGCAAUAAAAUUGCUGGAUUUGUCACUCACCUGAUGAAGAGGCUUAGGCACAGUCAGGUACGUGGUAUCUCCAUCAAGUUGCAAGAAGAAGAGAGGGAACGCAGAGACAACUAUGUUCCCGAGGUCUCCGCUUUGGAGCACGAUAUCAUCGAGGUCGAUCCAGAAACUAAGGAAAUGUUGAAGAUGCUAGAGUUCAACAACAUCACUGGACUUCAACUCACACAGCCCGUACCACAAUUUAGCAGACGUUCUUAAAUAUCGUUCCCUUCACAUUAUUAAGAAAAAUGGUUGGUCCUGCACUUUUCAAAUAAAAUUGCAAACUAACACUCA